UUGACAUUUCAUUUCACAGCAUAAGUGGCACACUCGUGUUUGCUCUCAUUUUCUUCUUCACCCUAAACCCUAAACCUCCGUCCAAAACCCUAGCCUGCAACUGCAAGCAUGUCCGUUCUGUCCCGCCUCCGCCACUACUCGAGCAGCACCGCCAGCUCCAUCCUCUCCCCGAACUCAUCCUCUCCUCUAACCUCGAAGCAGAAGACUCGCAGCGCCCUCCACCUCCUCAAAUCGGAGAGCAACCCCGAGCGCAUCCUCGACAUCUGCCGCGCCGCCUCCCUCUCCCCGGACUACCACCUCGACCGCCGCGCCUUUUCCCUCGCCAUCUCCAAGCUCUCCGCCGCCAACCACUUAGCCGGAAUCCGCCACUUCCUCGAUGACCUCAAAACCCGUCCCGACCUCCGGAACGAGCGCUUCCUCUCCCAUGCCAUCGUCCUCUACGGCCAAGCCAACAUGCUCGACCACGCCAUCAGAACCUUCACCGACGACCUCACUCCCCCUCGCUCCGUCAAAACCCUAAACUCCCUUCUCUUCGCAUCCAUCCUCGCCAAGAACUACAAAGAGGUAUCCCGAAUCUACCUCGAAUUCCCCAAAAUCUAUUCAAUUCAACCUAACGUCGAUACUUACAACACUGUUAUUAAGGCCUUGGCUGAGUCUGGUUCGUCUGAUUCUGUUUAUUCUGUUUUUGCUGAAAUGGAUAGGAAUUCGGUUAGACCUAAUGUGAUUACUUUGAAUAAUGCGAUUUCCGGUUUUUACCGGGAGGAGAAGUUUGAGGAUGUGGGGAAGGUGAUGAAACUGAUGGAGGAGAAGUAUAGGGUUUUACCUGGUCUUAGUACUUACAAUGUUAGGAUGCUGAGUUUGUGUAGGUUGAAGAGGUCUUCUGAGGCUAAGGCUUUGAUGGAGGGGAUGCUUUGUAACGGGAGGAAGCCGAAUUGGGUUAGCUACAAUUGCUUGAUUCAUGGGUUUUGUAGAGAGGGGGACCUUGAGGAGGCCAAGAGGUUGUUUAGGGACAUGAAGAUGAGGGGUUUUGUGCCUGAUGGGGCGUGUUACUUUACGCUUGUUCAUUUCCUGUGUGAGGGUGGGGAGUUUGAGUCUGCAUUGGAGGUUGCUAAGGAGUGUAUGGGGAAGAAUUGGUAUCCGAAUUUUAGUACCAUGAAGAGUCUUGUCAAUGGGCUUGCUGGUGUGUCCAAGGUGGAUGAGGCCAAGGAGCUUAUUAAGCAGAUCAAGGAGAGGUUUCCUGAGAAUGGGGACAAGUGGGAUGAGAUUGAGGCUGGGUUGUCUCAAUGAGAAAGAGUGGGGACUCCUUGUGUGAUUCUUUGAUCAAUUGGAAGGGAGCAUGGAAAAUUAAAUUAUGUGUGGGACAUCAGCUUUGGAAUGGCUUUCUUUUGUUUUGCCAUUUCCUCCAGCCCUUGGCCUUUUGCAUGGUCAAUGGUAAUCUGUCAAGUUAAUUUUACAUGAUCAUUAUUGUUGGGCAUGCUUAGUAUUCCUUGUUUGAGUAAUAAUAGAAUUGGAAAGGGUUAUGCAAGUGGAUUUCUGUUUGUUUCCAUUUGUUUUGUCUCUUUAAAUUGCAUUGUCCCCGUUUUAUUAAAAAAGAAGACUGAUACACUACAUGGGAGCUGUUGUUGAUAUAAUAGUUUGUUCAGUCUAAUUGUUGAUCGAUUCUACUGAAAUUAUACACAGUUCUUUGAAUAACUUCUUGAGGCA